AUGUACACUUCGAGUGUUGGAGAGGUUGACAAAAACUUAAGAUCCGGAGUCUUCUCAUUGACCGGAACAGGCUUUCUCGGUGCUGUUGGUCGGAGCUUAGACUUGGGAGGCCAAACUGCUUUGGCCUUACGACUUCUCUUGGCGGUUUUCUCUUCCAAGUUAUCUUCGGUUGCUGACCGACCUUUCGGGGAUGAGUUUCGUGCUGCUAGGAAAGCGUCUGAGGAAGUUGGUGCGCAGCUGGUUCUUGGAGACCGACCCAUCGAAAUAACGCUCCAAAGGGCUUGGAACUCUUUGAAAUGGGCGGGGAAGCUUAAUCUGGUGAUGGCUGUGACCCGGGCAAUCGCAUCGUCAUCUAGUAUAUCCGCAGCCGAGCUUAAGGAACAAGAGACCGAUGAAAGCAAUGGAAGUCUGCAGCUUUACGAACGGCUAAGUUUCUCAUACCCAUCUCUACUACAGCCGCUGAUACACGAAAGAGAUACCUAUCUUGCUUGGUCGUUGAAGAGGAGCAAGGCGGUGAAUGGGUGUAAAACAGUGGUGGGUGUGAUAGGAAAAGGACACAUGAACGGUGUGAUUUAUGCGUUGGUCUCGGAUUCUGGUGAUCUCCGGUUUAGGGAUUUGGUAGGAAGAGGAGAUUCAUCUGAUACUAAUAUUACAUCGAACAGCUGGAUUCAAAAGGCUUUAAAGAGCCUCGCAAGAGACACCGUUUUAGGGUUCUUGUUAUGGGAGUUAUAUGAUCAGUAUCUCAAGUUUGUGAUGAUGACCCAAAACCCUUGA